UUAACCACUUCCUGUCCAGCCCAUGUACAUAAAUGGCUGGACAGGAGCAGUGCAGGAUUGGGUUGCCGUUCAUAAAACGGCACCCGCAUUUUCAAGCUGUGCAUGCUCCCUGGGAGCACGCAGCACUGUAAUCCGGAACACCGAUCACUGUACGGGACUCUGUGUGAGGUCCCGAUCAUGUGAUCACUGAUUGGCCAAUCAGUGAUCACAUCAUUGUUUACUACGUGUGAAAUCUGUGAAUGAUCACAGAGAUCACAUGGUACAGAGCCUUGUACCAUGUGAGAAGCUGUGACCAAUCACAGCUCUCACA